AUGGACCCUGAAGAAUUAGCACAAACAACGAAAACAGCUCUCACAACACUCACAACCUACAUAAUCCUCCCCUCACUCACCCUCUACUGCACCUACCCACUCAUGGCCUCCCUCCUCCGCAGCCUGAUCGCCAGCCCGCGCGUGCAGCACCCCGAAUCCAACCUGGACCUCUGCUAUGUGCACCACGCCAACCCCACCAUCAUCGCCAUGUCCAUGCCCGCCACGGCCUUCCCCAAGAACGCGUACCGCAACCCGCUCUCGGCCGUGCUCAAGUUCCUGGACGCCCAGCACGGCGACAGCUGGGCCAUCUGGGAGUUUCGGGCAGAGGGCACGGGAUACAGGGAUGAGGACGUCUAUGGCCGCAUCUACCAUGCGCCGUUCCCGGACCACCAUCCCCCGCCGUUUGCGCUCAUCCCCUCGACGGUCGCGAGCAUGAGGGAGCAUGUCCGGGGCGGGCCGGAUAGGGUCGUGGUGGUGCAUUGCAAAGCGGCGAGCGCAAAAAUAGCCGGAAAGGGCCGCAGCGGAACAAUGUCGUGCUCGUACCUCAUCAGCGAGGAGGGCUGGACCGCCGCCGCCGCAAUGGCCCAGUUCACGCGCACGCGCAUGCGCCCAAACUUCGGCGACGGCGUGUCCAUCCCCUCGCAGGUGCGCUGGGUCCACUACGUCGAGCGCUGGGCCCGCGCACUCAACAAGACGUACAUCGAGCGCCGUGUCGCCAUCCUCGAGGUGCACGUGUGGGGGCUGCGCGACGGCCUGCGUGUUGCGGUGCAGGGAUAUGUCGAUGAGGGGAAGCAGAUCAAGACGUACCACACGUUCCGCAAGGAGGAGAUGAGCGGCGACGAGGGCGAGGGCGAGGGGCGCGCCGUGGUGUAUAGACCCAAGGACCCGCUGGUCCUCGCGACUAACGACGUAAACAUCGACUUUGAGAAACGCAGUAACGCGGCCUACGGCUGGAGCGUGGUGACGAGUAUCGCGCAUGUGUGGUUCAAUGCGUACUUUGAGGGCGACGACACGAGCGGCGUGUUUGCGAUCGACUGGGAGAAGAUGGAUGGCAUCAAGGGCACGCUGCGGAAGGGCGUCAAGGGCUUUGACAGGCUGCAGGUGGUCUGGAAGGUUGUUGAGGGCCACGAUAGGCCCGUGAGGGAGCCGGAGGAGGGAGAGAGUAUUCCGACGAUGAGGAAGGCGAGUACGAAGCCGCUUGUAGAGAGGGAGUUAGGCUUGCAGAAGGAUAGUGGGGAGACGGAGGAUGGGUCGCCCGUGUCGCCGACGACGCCGGUGUUGAAGGGGGAGAUUGUGCAGUCGCCGGUGAGGGCGGAGGAGGCGUCGUCGUCGUCGGGGGAGGAGACGGCGGCGGCGGCGGGGGAGAGUAGUGGGAGUGGUAGUGCUAGUGCUAGUGGCAGUGGGAGUAGCUCGGAGGUGAUAUCGGCGAAGUUGCUGCCGGUGGAGCAUUCGGAGGAGCCGUAUGUGAUGAAGGAGCAUCGCAUUGGAUCGAUUAAGAGGACGAAGCAUGGGGAUCCUUCUACAUAG